AACAGAUCAAGCUUCCCCCUCCUUCUCUCCAUCCAAGGGUUUUCCAAGACAAUGCUCGCUCGCAUUACCGUCGUCUUCGCUGGCCUUGCUGCCGUCACGUCCGCGGCGUGCUCCACCGCCUCGUUCGGCAGCUGCGGCUCUGAUGCUGCUGGUGUGAGCUGCUGCCCGACCAACCAGUACUGCCAGCCGUGGAACACCAACUACUACCAGUGCCUCGACCUCCCCGCCAAGUGCACGCAGCAGUUCCCGAACACGGACUUCUACGGGGACGACAUCCAAACCAUUUACGGCAUUCAACCAGGCGAGUGCUGCACGCGAUGCAGCGAGACAGCGGGCUGCAAGGCCUACACGUUCGUCAACAGCAACCCGGGACAGCCCGCGUGCUACUUGAAGAGCGGAACGGGCACCAAGAAGGCCUCCGUUGGCGCGGUCUCGGGCAUUGUGACGACUUCGGGUCCGACGACACCAACGCCCACGCCCACGCCGACGUCAUCCGCGUGUACGACGGCAGCGUACGGCCCUUGUGGCUCCAGCAACGGAGCUACUUGCUGCCCCAGCGGAUACUACUGCCAGCCAUGGAGCGACAACUACUACCAGUGCAUCCAGCCCCCGACCAAGUGCACCAAGCAGAUCACCGACAAGGAUUACUAUGGAAACGACAUCAAGACAGUUUACGUGAGCCUCCCGUCGCUCUGCUGCGAUGCGUGCGCCAGCACUGCCGGAUGCAAGGCCUACACGUACAUCAACAACAACCCCGGACAGCCUGUGUGCUACUUGAAGAGCGCCGCUGGAACGCCCACCACCAAGGUCGGCGCUGUGUCCGGCACCCUCAACUAAGUUGAGACCACCACCAUCAACAACAACAAGGCGUGCCACACUCGACGUUGGUGAACGCCGAGCCUUUCGUAGUGUUACUGAUCUUUUGCCAAAGCAGCACGACUAAAUGAAUGUACUUACUUUCAAUG